GGUUUCCUCCUCUUUAUUCCGUCACCUGCCGUUACAGCCCUCCCUCUUUUCCUCAGCACAAUUGACACUGCCACUUUCCCCUUUUUAUUUAUCCACAUUUGAACCAACAGCAUCGGCCGGCGAUUCCCACACUUACACCGGCCUACCCUUACCCUUCUUCACUCCUGCCCCCUGCCUCCCUCGGUCCCUGAACGACUGCCAUCUUCAUCCAUCUCAAUAAAAGACUAGAAACGGCUACCAAUUGCAUACUGCCGCCGCUUUCCCCCUGGACAUUCUUGACAACAAGGGGAUAUGUAUGAUAACGCCAACCAUGGCCAUAUGCAGGUCAAAGCCUUUUGGUCCAACCUAACUCAAGAGUCAUCUGCAACAAUACCAGCUUCACCCGGCCCACCCAAAAUCCCCCCAAAGAAACCCACUAAACGCAUCCGCAUCUCGACAGCCUGCGUCAACUGUCGCCAGAAAAAGAUCAAGUGCGAUGGUCAGGUGCCGUGCGCACACUGUGAAAAAUGCCACACUGAGUGCGUCUAUCCGGUCGCGACUAAACCCGCCAAUCAAGAAUAUGUUGAGACGCUCGAGAACAGGCUAAAGAGCGUGGAAUCACAUCUCCAAGGCCUUCUAUCACGCGGUUGGGGAAAGAGCGCCGGUCCUAUGGCUCUGGAUGGCGAUCAUGGCGACCUUAUGCCAGAUGAUGGUGAUAUUCAUUCUCCCUAUACCCCUUCCUCCAUUCCUGCGACGCCUCCUUCUAAACCGUCCCACAACAGCAACGACCCACACCGGCAAACCAACGGCCAUUUUAUCACUCGCCAACCCUCUGGAGCUAUAAUGAACACACCGAACUUGACGGGACCCGACUCUGAUCUGGAAGACAAUACAUUCGCCACCGAUGACUCCAUGCAGCUCCUGGGGCUCCUGAUGGGUAGCCUCAAGAUCGAACGCGACGGCUCUGCUCAAUAUAUCCCAAGAAUUCUUGACCAAAAGGAACGCUCCUAUAAUGACUCUAGGAUCUACGGCUCCUCAGUUUCAAACAACUUCCCCGACCUCUCAACCCUCGAUUGGGAUUCAGCUGAACCUCCUUUCCCUUAUACCCUGCCCAAUACUCUCUUGACACCUAAGGCUAUCAGCGCCCUCAUGGACAUCUACUUCAACAGUGUCCACACAUUCCUGCCUGUCAUCCACAAGACCAGCUUCUUAACGCUCUGCCAGGAGGGCGAAUAUCGUGUACCUCCCUUUUUACUGAUGGCCAUCUGUGCAGUUGCAGCGUGCCAUGCCACUGAUUUUGAACUGCAGGAGAUUCCGGAACUCGCGAACGUGAAGAGUCGCCACGCCUUAUACGAUCAUGCACGUUCCUUACUGGAUACCUUCAUGGACGUGCCCAGACUCAGCACAGUCCAAGGUCUCCUGUUACUCGCGUACUACCAGACUAAAGAGAAGCGCUCUGGCCACUUCUUCCGCAUCCGAAUGUAUGUUAAUCUCGCCGUACGGAUGGCAUUGGAUAUGGAGCUGCAACGUGCUCUUCUCAGAAGCCCGAACGGGGUGGAGUCUUCGAACACUGGCGACAGUCUCUCGAGCGUGGACAGCACACAUGGCCGGCCAAUGUCCGCCAUCAGUUCUACAGCACAGUUUCCAUCUCUCUUGAACGCGCGUCAGAAUGCAGCGCAGCCGGGCUUCCAUUCCCGCGACAAGAUCCAGAACAGCCGACUAUCACAACAAAAACGAGCUGUCAUCGACCAGGAAAAGCGUCUGGCAUGGCUCGGCUGCUUCUUUUUGGACGGUCUGACGAGCAGUUUGAUGGGCCAGGACUACUGCAUUGCGAAUGCCACAUUAGACAUGCGCAGGCUGAUCCAGGAAGCGAGUCAGAUGACGGACACGGUCCAAGGCGCAACGCUGAUCUUUUGGUACCAUCAUCUGGAGUUGGUGCAGAUUUAUCGUCGCAUCUGUGUCUUUUACCGGACGGUUCAAAGCGAACGAGUUCUCGCAAGAGCCAUCAAGAGUCAAGAAAUGCAGGCGAUCGAGUCAUCCAUGACAGAAUGGCUGUCGGAUUUGCCCGCACAUCUGGUAUACGUCGACAGCCAGGGAACAGGAGCAGCCCUUCCGUCAUACUAUACCCUCUACCUUCAUCGGUUCUACUACAGCCACAAGCUGCUCCUCUAUCGACCCCUCAUCUCCAACAAGACGCACCGUGGCGACCCCAAGAACAGUAAUUCCGCCAUGGCCAGUUGCUCACAUGCGGCCACGAUGCUGACACAGAUCGGAGAGAUCAUUUUCCAGAACUACAGCUGGCCUUGGCCUGGCUGUGGCCUCUUUGCCUACCAUAUGCUUCAGGCGGCUGAGAUCCAUGUCUUCCAGAUGAUAACGCAGUCGGCCGUAGAUUCACAGAGUCUUUACUAUCGCACCAUGGAUCUGAUCAAGGGUUACGUCAGUCUGGCCAAGUUGCCGGAUCUUGAGAAGGAUAUCGUGGCCAUGGAGGAAAUGGUUAACAAUUUCCUGUUGACGCCACAAGGGGCAGUAGCCCAGCCUAAUGCAUCCUCGCAACAGCAGCAGCAGCAGCACUUUGUCGCCACCCCUGCUUCUGAAUACAGUUACGCGAGCAUGAUGUCCCCUGCCUCACCUGCAGAAUCUGUGCAGAGGAUGUCGAUGCCCCACAGUAACCACGGCAGCCACACCGAGGAUGCAGACAUGUUCUCGCCUUUGCAAGCCCAUGCCUACCCAUCGUUCGAGACAGCCAGUCGCGCCUUCCGCCAGCCGCAGAACGGCUCAGGCAUACCCUCUGCCUCUUCAGCGGCUGCCGCGUCAGGCUUCAUGGCCAAUUCCAUGUCGGACACGGGCGGGUUUUCGAUGAACUUUGGCUUCACUAAUGUCUCAUCAGCAACGUCUAAUCAGUCUCAGCCCACGAAUUCUGCUGCUCUAUACGAUCCCUCCAGCUCGCUGCCGUUCUACAGCGCUGCGACCCCAUCUGGUCCAUCGAUGAGCAUGUUCGCCUCGAACCACCAUGGUAACGGCCUCCCUUACGGACAGUCAUCGUUCCUCCAGCCGACACUUACUCCUGUUGGCGACCUGCUCGGUCUUGGCAACAUGGCCACCACCCCGUCGUCGAACCCCUUGCAGCAGCAGCAAUCAUCGUCGGCUGCACCGGCUAAUAUUCCAAUGGAUACCAAGAAGAAGCCGGCAGUGGCUCCACCAAAGCCUCCCAAGCGCAUCUUUUCCCAGUCUACAGGCAGCUCGAGCUCCUCGGGUAUUAGCCAAAGCCUCAAGCCCCCAGUUCCAAAGAAGCCCGCAAGGCUGAAUGAGAUUACACCUCCUCGAUGGAUUGCUCCUCGCCCAGAUACUACAGCUGCGUCCGCGGCCGUGACGUUGAUGCCGUCCACUUCAGAGCCUGGCAUGUAUUUUGGUGGCAAGCCCUCGGCAGGCGGUAAUACUGAGAACAACAACAUUGGCAAUGGCGGCCACGAGAACCCGUCGUCUGCAUACCCUCCUGGCUCAAACGGCGGAGGACCUAAUGGGUCUAUUCCAACGAUUGGUAGCAAUGGCCGACAAAUCAAGGUGCUGCAGCCGCAAAACGCGCUGUAUGGCAUGGGUACACUUGUGAACUCCCUGGGCAUUGAGCAGCAGGUGCAUCCGGCACCAGAUCCUCAGGAUCAUGUGUCAGUAACAUCCGAGCGUAGGUACUAUGAUGGCCACGAGCAGGCCUUAAACUACCUCCAGAUGAAUCCUCAUCUAUAUGAGCAGCUACCUCCUCACAAUCGCCGCCAACUCAUCUAAGCAGGCUAGAAAAGCCAUGCCCCUUCCAUUUGCUUAUUUUUUUUAGCUAUAUCUGUGCUAUCUUGUACUAUUUAACAUAUUUAUCGUAUUUAUCAUCAUCUACCUUUGACCUUUAUUCGCUCGAUUACUCUUUCACUCUUGUACUUGACAUUUUUUAAUAAUUUCUUCAUCUCAUGAACCAUGAUAAUGCCACAGCCAUGAAC